AUGGGUAACAAUCUUUUCAAAAUCCUAGUCCAUAUGAAGGAUAAUCUUAAAGAAAAAUGGGCGAGAAAGUUGAUAAGAGAAUUCAUAGAACCCUUCAGGGAAGCUAGUAAAACCACUCUAUUGUCGACCAAUUCUAAUUGUAACCAUAUGGGAUGCAGUAGCCCUUCUUUGGACGAUCUACAUAAUGAAGAUGAAUGCUUUCAAGAAAAUGGAGUUUCAAGACUAGAAAAAGUAUCUCUGCAGGAUGCUAGAAAAAAUAAAAUUUAUGUUUGGGAGUUCAAUCUGCACGUCAGAAAAGAACAACCGGUUAAUAGCAUAGUCGAGGGCGAAUUCUAUACCAAUACUACAGUGGUGCCAUUCAAAUGUUGCCCAAACAAGGAGAGAAUCCAAUUGUUGCUACCAUACUUGGGAAAAUUAUGCCGAAACGAUACCUUGACGGGCCAUGCAUGGACCAAAGAAGAACUAAAAACACUGUGUCAUCUUGUGGUCCCAGACAUUCAAUGUAUUAGAGAGAGAAUUUCAAAGACCAUGUCUCCUGUACCAGAGGGUGAGGAGCAGGAUGAACAUCGAGAAGUUAGCAAUAAUUCGAGAAUCCGCUUAUGA